GGUAAUUAUCUUUUGAACCAAGUUACAGUCUAACAAGCUUAAUUGUGUCUUCUGGGGCCUUUCAUUGGUUACAGUCUAAGGAUAUAAAAACCUCACCUCUGUAAAGCAAAUAUAAGUCCCAUAAUAACACAGAGUAUACGAAUGUCUUCUUCUGAUUAAGUGUUGGAGAAACAGCCCCUUCUUCUGGUCAUUGGCCCUUCAGUUGUAUUUAUCUAGCUUAAAAGGUAAAUGUGAGGUGGUAUUACUUUUAAAUUAACUCUAUAUAUUCAAUAAUCACUCACCCUGCCACAUAAAUCCAUCUCGAAUGCAUUGUCUCCAACCAGCAUUGCAAUAAUGGAAAGAACCGGUGGGUACCUUGUGAUAUACAGCAGUAUGGCUAUGAUCAGAGUCAGGAAAUCUUGUACAAGUGCUUUUUCUUCUUUGAACCAUCUGAGCUGAAAGUGGAAUGCUUCUACUUAUUGAGAGUGAAAAAUAAAUAAUUCAAUGAUGCAAGUUCUUUAUUUGAAGCCCCAACAACCAGGUUAUGGGCCAGAUGAACAAGCUGACCUUCUGCAUUCAGGAUGUCCCUAGAUACAAUGACACAUUGUGACCAUUAUAUAAAGCCAUUGCCCGUAGGCAAUGCUCAGGAUGAAUCAAACAGUUCCAUCAUUUCUGCUUUCGGGCUUUCAGAAUAUUCAGGCGGUGAACACAUUGCUCUUUGUGGUCAUUCUUUGCAUUUAUAUUUUGACAUUAGUUGGAAAUGUUCUCCUUAUUAUAUUAGUGGUAAAGGUUCCAGCCCUAAGAUCUCCCAUGUACGUCCUUCUCUCCCAGCUGUCUCUGGCUGAUAUCUUGAUGACUACCAAUAUUACUCCAAAUUUGUUAUGGUUAUUAUUAAGAGGAGGAGGCAAAGUACUUGUUACUGACUGCCUCGCACAGUUUUUUCUCUUUGGUGUUUCCACGUCCAUAGAGUGUUUUCUCCUCACCGCCAUGUCCUACGACCGUUAUCUGGCCAUCUGCAAUCCUCUUCGCUAUAGCUCUAUUAUGGAUUUCAGAGUUUGUCUGAACAUGAGUCUUUGGUGUUGGGGUUUAUCUUUUAUGGUGGCUUUAGUUUUAGAUCUUCUCAUGAGUCAUUUGGAGUUCUGUGGGCCAUUUUUAUUAGACCAUUACUUUUGUGAUUUUUCUCCGGUUCUUAAACUUUCUUGCUCAGACAUCAAGGUUUUGGAACUCACAGACAUUAUUUUUACUAUACCUGUCAUUCUUUUACCCUUUUGCUUCAUAAUAUUUACUUACGUUGCCAUUGGCCUUGCCAUUCUCAGGAUCUCCUCUACUGAAGGAAGACACAAAGCCUUCUCCACUUGCAGCUCCCAUUUAAUUGUUGUCUGCACAUUCUAUGGGACACUAAUAACAGUUUAUCUGGUACCAUCCAAGGAUCAUACAUUCAAUAUUAAUAAGACACUGUCUCUCCUAUACACAGUCGCAACACCAUUUUUAAAUCCAGUUAUAUACAGCCUGAGAAACAAAGAGAUCAAAGUUGCUCUACACAAAUGCAUGUCAUCCCUCUUUAUGAGGCUUUUUCACUCUUUACAUGAAUGUACCAACAAUAGCAGUCGUUUGAGAAAAACAUUAUUGCGGUUUUCUUAG